AUGGCUCCUCCUCCAAUAAUUCCCAAAGCCCUCCCUCCAAACGGCAAAAUCGCCUUCAUCUCCCCAUCCCUACGCGUCAACACAAUCUACCCGUUGGCCCUUUCCCGCUCCGUGACCCUCCUGGAAUCCCUCGGCUACUCCGUCACCGUCAUCUUCAUCAACGACGGCGAGGAUGAGGACGUGGUCGCAGGCGACGGCAGGCCCAUCGCCGCUUCCAUUGAGAACCGCCUCGCCGAGCUGCGCGCCGCCUUCGCCGACCCGUCCUUUGACGCCAUCUUCUGCACCCUCGGCGGUCCCGCCAUGACGGAACUCAUCCCCUACCUCGUCCGCGACACGGAGCUCCAUGUCGCGGUCGCGAGGAACCCCAAGAUCGUCGUGGGCUACUCCGACAUCACCGUGCUCCACUGGUCCCUCCGCGCCCUCACCGGCCUGCGGACGUUUUACGGACCGUGCCCGGUCUCGGAGCUGGCCGACGCCGUCACGUCCACGCGCGAAUCCCUCCUCCGUUUCUCCGAAAACGAGAACAAGGCGGGCGCCAACGGAGACGAGGCCAAGGAGGUGGACGACGGUUACCUGCAGGACUUCCUCCUCGUGAACCUAUUGGCCGCCGUCUCUCGUCCGAACGAGCCCAUCGGCCCCAUCCCGCGCUCGAGGUUCUACGCUCCCUUGGUUCCGUCUUUCACCUCGGACCCCGACGCGACAACACCGCGCAGUCUCCUGCCGUCCCCGGCGUGGACGUGGCUUCGCCCGGGCCGCGCGGAAGGCAGAAUAUUCGGCGGCUGCCUGACCGUGGUGGGUCGCAUCCAGGGGAUCGCGGAGAUUUCCCCUGAUUGGAAGGGCAAGAUCAUGUUCCUGGAGAGCGCGCAGGGGGAGGGUGAUUUGGCAAAGGGCAACCCCAUCGGGAGGGUGAGGCAGACCGUUGCGGACCUCGCCGCGCGGGGUGUGUUCGACGAGGUCGCGGGCCUGGUCAUCGGGAGGCCGUACGGGUACAACACGGAGCGCGAGAGGGCCGAGUAUGCGGCCGUAUUCAAGGGUGUCCUCUGUCACGGGCGGUUAGCCGAGAGAAGGUUCCCCAUCUUGAUGAACGUUGAUGUUGGGCACACGUCGCCUCUAGUGACGCUGCCGAUGGACGCCAUGGUGGUGAUGGAUUCAGAAACUGAUAAGUUUGCCGUUACGGAGGCUGCGGUUGUCUGA